CAGCUGAUCGAAACAAGUUACUGUUGACUUUUCAGGAUGUAUAGACAAGUCUCAUAAAACUAGAUUUAAAUAUAUAUCUGCUGACAUAUUUGCCGAGAGACGCUCCGGGAUUACAGGAAACUAAAAGGUGUUUGAUUAUUAUUAUUUUUUUAAUUUUUUUUUUUUUAGAAAAUGCCUUCUCUUUUAUUCUGCGGUCCGAAACUGGCAGCAUGUUUGCUGGUUUUGAGCAUUUGGGCAGUCAUUAUGCUGGCAAUGCUGGGGAUUUUCUUCACUACACAUUCAGCCUUGCUGCUCGAGGAUGUGCCUUUCACAGAGGAAGACAUCCAUGACGAACAAAAUGCCCUGCAAAACAUUUAUGGACUUUUCAACCAAGUUGGCUUAAACUGCUUCAUUGCUGCAGGAAUCUACGUGGUGAUUGGAUUUGUGUCCUUCUGUCAAGUCCGACUGAAUAAACGCAAUGAAUAUCUUGUACAUUAGCAGCUGUUCUGUCCCCACAAGUGGAGACAUGCUGAAAGUGACCUUGUUGUAUUUUCUAUACUGUAAAUGAUUAUACAGUAAUAUUACAGGAGGAAAUUGCCACAGCCAUUUAGUGUAAUCAAACCACAGCUAUUUUAAGUAUAAUCAGACCUAACAUACUGCGAUCCUCUGUGCCAGUAUCUCGUUUGAAAGCCUCUUCAGGUUAAAGCCUUUGAUGAAAUAAGUGCCUUAAAUGUGAAGUUGAUUUCAAUACAUAAGUGACUGCUGUGUUUUAUUAAUAAAUGUGCCCUGUGUGCUUUACAAAUCU